AUGCAGCGCGUUCCCGGAGGUCUCCCUGCUCCUGCCAUGCUGCAAGCCACCGUCAAGCUGUGCUGUGGCAUCGCCCACGAUCCCCUCCGCCGCCUGCCCGGCUUGAAGGCAGCAGCUGUUGCAGCAGUACAGAAGGACAUCAGAGGGCUGGUGGCAAGAGGAUCCCAUCGCCUGCCUUCCAAAAUUCCUCAUUAUCUUCAGAAGCUGAUGGGGAAGGACACAGCUCCCUGCCCCGAGCCCACCAGAGGUGUCAGCCCCAGCCAGUCCUCCAGCGUGGACCUCUCCUACAUCCGCCAGGGAGAAAGGGACACCAGUGCCGCCGUGUCCAGCGCUGCCCUCCCCGGGCUCGGCAGGGUGUUUCGGGCAGAGGUGGUCCUGGCCCUGCCGGUGGCACAGCUGCACCAGGAGCUGUUUGAGAGGAUGGAGCAGAUGCCCCAGUGGAACCCGAACCUCAGCCAGGUGAAGGUGCUGCGGCGCGUCGGGACGGACACGCUGGUGACACACGAAGUCACCACUCCCAGCCCGGGCAACCUGGUGGGGCGGCGGGACCUGGUCAGCGUGCGGCACCGCGGGAGGAGGGGCGCGGCCACCUACCUGGUGGGCACUGCCACCCGCGCCGAGCCGCUGCCCCCGCAGGAAGGCUGCAUCAGGGCCGAGUCCCGGCUCAGCUGCAUCGUCCUGCAGCCACUGGCGGGGGACCCCGGCCGGACCCGCCUCACCUGGCUCCUGAGCAUGGACCUGAAGGGCUGGAUCCCCACAGCCGUGCUUCACCGUGUCCUGCCACAGUCCCAAGCCGACUUCCUCGAGCACCUCCACCGGCACCUCUCUGCCACCGCGGGGCCCUGA